AGCCACGUAAUACAACAAUACAAUUGGCGCGUUGAAAUGGACUACAUAGACUUUACAACGUUUAAUAAGUCAUCAGACACAACCAAUGAUGCGCUUUCACUUUCACUCCCAAUUCCUGCCAACAUUGAGAAUCUCAGCAAACGAUUUUCCAACCUUAAUAACUUAACCCGAAUUCUCAAAGGAGAUUCUCAAGCAUCCGGAACUAGAGAAGGGGAUGAAGCAAAUAAUGAAAAUGCUUUGGCAGAGAAGUAUGCCAAGAUGUCACUUUCUAUUCUUGAAUCAAAGGAUGAUCCAACUGCCAUGGAAGGGAGUAGCAGUGGUGUCAGCACUACGAGUGAACAACACACAAACUUAAAUGUCAGAUUAGCCCGUGUAUUGAAUGAAUCAUUAAGUGAUGCCAGUAUCAGAGAGAUUUUCACCUAUUUGCAGGAGAAAGUUAUUGGUGAGAAUGACCUGGAAUUGAUAGAACCUGGAUUGAUUGGUAGUAUGAAUAGAAAGAAAUUGAGAGGAAAAGUGGAGAGUGAGUUGAUCCGUAAUCUGAGUUAUGUUUUAAAAGAGUAUGCCCCUUUAGUAAGACAGUUGAAAGCAAUAGAAACUCGAUUGAACCAGUUGAAUGAAUUAAAUAGAACCACUAAUGAAAAAAUUGUCAAGAAUUACGAGUUCUCUACCGAGUUUAAUUCAAAGGUGUCUGAACUCAAUCAAGAGAAACAAUUAGUGGGUUUACAAAAAAAUUUACUUAUUGUGUUUAAAGAAAAGUUUACUUUGAAUGAGUAUGAAGAGUUUGUAUUGAGUCAAGGUGAAUUGAACGAGGAAUUCUUUGUAACACUUAAAAAGGCAGAGCUGAUUAAUGAAAAUUGUUCUAUCUUAUUAGCGAUUGACAAUCCUCAAUUGGGAGUUAAAAUAAUGACAAAAAUCAACCAUAUUAUUAACAAGUCAAGGGAACGUAUAGUAAGUUACACCAAUAAGACACUAAACAACUUAUAUUCUUUGAAUUUAAAGUCUCGUUUGAUCACUUUACAUAAAUGUUUCCAAUAUUUGAAACGACAGAUGAACUAUUUUGAUGAAAUUAUAAACACUUUCAGUGAGUCCCGUUCCAAACUAUUGAUUGAAGAGUUUUACAACCAAAUCCAAGGUGAUUUAGACCAGCAACAGCAACAACAGAGGCAGCAACAGCAGCAGCAACUGGAAGUAAAUUCCCAAAAGCAAAGGUCCAUUUCAAAUGCAGAUCUGAGUCGUCCUAUUUUUAUAAAUGCCCAUGAUCCAGUUCGAUUUGUGGGAGACUUACUUGCGUAUGUUCAUUCAGUUGCAGUCAAUGAAUCGGAAACCAUCAAGAAUAUAUUUACAUUUGAGGAAGAGCAUGAAGAGCACGUAAGACAAGAAUUUGAAUCUAUAAUAGCUGAAAUUACCGAUCGGAUUCUCAAGUCAUUGUCAAGACCGAUUAAGACCAGAAUCGAAUCACUCAUAUCCAGUGAAACUAAACUUUCAACAAUUUACCAAAUAUUCAACCUUGUGGAAUUGUAUUCGUUUAUGUUUUCGAAGCAAUUAGGCAAUACGGGUAAUUUCUUGGAUACAAUUCAAGAAUUAGUGACCAUGUCCCGGGAGCGAAUCAUGAUUAUUAUUACUAAUCGUUUGGCAACGGUCCGUACUAGUAAUGUUGCUCGAUUGGAGUUGAACCUUGAUUUACAGCCCCCUGAAUGGAUCAUUGAUUUCUAUUCUGAUAUCUUGCCAAUCAUCGAUCAAAUUACCACACCAACAAUCAUGAAUUUUUCCGAGGAAGACAAUAUCAAGUUUAUGAAGUCAAUUAUUAAUGAGCCCAUUGAAAUUUUCAAUCUUCAUUUAUCCACUAACCAUUUGUUCCAUGACCAGAAAGAGGAUUUAUUAAUCAUAAGACUUAAUUUUCUUGAUUUAAUCCUAGGUAAAAUCAUGCCCAUUAGUUUAUUAUCAGAAAAAGUAUUGGAAGUGAAUGAUAUGAUCCAUGAAUUAACUAUAGAACUAAAACAAUACGAAUUGGAAGAAUUGUUAAAACAAUGCAAUUUAUACAACUAUUAUAACAUCACUAAUAUGAUAUGUCCCUUGGAACAAAACAACGAUGAAAUGUUCGAUGUUGUCGUAUACGAACCAAUAAAAGAAAACCAGUUAUAUACUUCUGAAGAAAUGGCCAAAGUAAACGAUUUAGUUCAACUGGUUGUACCAAAUGCAUUAAUAGAAAUCCAGCUGAACUUGAUGAAAUUGAAUUCGCCAAUUACAGUGGAAGAAGUAAUAAAUACUUCAUUCACAGAAUUUGUUCACUUCUAUAAAAGGUUCAAUGACAUUAAUAAUGAAUUUUUACAAUACUCAUUCACAUGGACAGAAUAUGAACUAAACACUUUAUUGGGACUUGACAAAUAAGGUCUAUAUAACGUUAGUAUGAUCAGGGAUAUUUCCUCUUCCAUAACCAUCUUUAGAAUAGUAGUCCAUAGGAUAAUAUACUUCAUUCAUCAUAACGUCUUUGUUCAACAUCACCAUUGUCUCAUAAGGAGUCAAUAAAGGUUUAUUAAACGCAUAGCCCCAGUCAAUAGACAAUCGAGGACAGGCCACUUGAACAAAGAAAUCAACAUCAUUGAACAUGGCCAAUUUCUGAGGGAAUAUCUCACUAAGGACAAUCUUCACCGCUUGAAUAUUCUGGCGGCUUAAUUCCACUUCCAAUUUAUCUAAAAUUUGUGGGUUCCCUUGUCUUCCUAAAGCACCGAGGAUCAAUCCAACCUUUUUACCAUUCUUAGCCGAGUUUAUUGCGUCUUGACGUACGGUGAUCAUUUGCUUUUGGUCAUAAUAUUCUCGGGUAAAUUUACGGGAAUAUGGGUCAUACCUAUAAGCUGGAAUUUCCGGAUUAUGAAUCAUGGAACUUUCCAAAUGGAAUCGACCAUCACCGAUAUAUAUCAUUGCUUUUAUGUGCUCCUUAUCCAAUCUUGCUGAAGUGCAUCCUAACACUUCCCCUUUACUUAAUGGCCUUGUUUGUGGUGGUAUCAAAUAAAGUGGUUUCUCGAGAUCAUUUUCAAGAACUUGUUUCACACUGUGAAUGGUGGGAUUGAAUUGAAUAGUACCAAACACUGCCAACUGGGUUCCUCUUUCAAAAUUAAGCUUGAGCGUAUUGAUCAAAUGUGUUUCAUCAAUAUUAAUGGUCACGAAUACGUAAAGCACCUUAAUGGCAGUUAUAUCAAUAGGAACAAGACAGGAAUGGGCAUAAUGAACAAUAAAAUCACAAUCGAGUGAACGGGCGGUAUAGUCGUCGAUACAGCAGGCUCCAUAACUAACAUCUCCCAUGACUAUUACCUCCACCUGACAAAAUUGUUCGAGAAUAUCGCUAAUGAUAAGGGAGUAUAUGAGUAAUCCCUCAGGCAUCUGAAGGGCAACUCUGGACGCAUUUGCCUUGCGAAUGUUCCAUACUGUCUUGUGGAUUUCGAAGUUGUAAUUUGAAGGAAGAAGUUUAAUGGCCGAGUUAAGAUCUUUGUCCUCGAGAAUAUCUGAUGGAAUGGCAUUAUGAACUCGACCAAUGUGACGAUUGGGAUUUGCUUUCCUUACUAAUGGAGACUCCGUUGCUUCCGAGGAAGACGUUGAGUCCACAGGUUUACGACCAAUAAAUCUCCGCCUUGGUCUGGUUGAUUUGAUAGUGUCUUCGUUGGACAUUAUAUAUAUAUUAUUAUUCUCAAUAUUAAACAAGUAUCUAGAAUGGGCUAGGUACUUGUAUACAAGUUCGGAAUAGUGUUCAUAAUUUCCUAAGAAAAUUUUGUUACAACCCACCGCACAUCGUGCGGCACACACAUGUUUCCUAAUUGGGAAUAGUUAACGGUUAUGAAUCAUCAAGCGAGCGCAACCGUAAAAGUUCUUUAGCUCAUCGCUAAUUUCUUCUUCAUCUCAAUUGUUAAAACUACACGAUUCCAGCUACAAUUGCUUUAAAAUAUUCCAUAAUAUACAGGAAAUGAUUACCCCCUUUUUCGAAGUUACUCAAGAUGAUGAGUUCAUUUAUAUAAACGUCAAGAUAUCACAU